GCCUUAUUUGUUCUCAGUGUCAGUCGAACUCAUGACAUGUAUAAAGUCUUUAUUUUGUUGUUGCAAUGAUUUUAAAUAUAACACGAUAUGAACACUAUGAACAAGUUUACUGCAAUAUUUAUAAUCUGUUCUACGAUCAUUAACUGUUGUUUAACUGAUAUUAGCCACGAGGAAAAGCUUAGAUUACUCAAUAGUUUCAUUGAAUAUAUAAAUGGUUUGCCUGAUAACCCUUACGUUUAUGAGGGGGGUAGUCUACAAAGUGCGCACAAAAUUGAAGAAAACAGUGACGUGAUACAAAUAGAAGCUAUCCUAAAGGGCAGGGAUAAUGAGAACAUAGUCAACACAAAAUGUAUUGCCCGCGUCGUAGACCUUAAACAUGGUAUAAUCGUUGAGGACAAACCGCAUUGCCAAGAGGAGUUUGUACAGGCUUCUACAGAUAAUACGACAGAUGUCACCCAGGAAGAUGCGGAGAAUACACAAAAACAACCUGGUGAGGCAACUGUAGAAGAACUAGUUACUGCAAUACCGACAACAAUCUUGAAUACAACCUGUUAUGGAUGUGAUGAUCUUGUUGACGCAUCAGGAGGAGAACUUGCAGAUUUAGCGAUAAAGCAACUUAAUAAGAAUAAUCCAAAUGUGAAACACGUUCUUGAUGCAAUACUUGACGCUAAAAAACAAAUUCAGAUAUUUUCUAGAGUUAAAUACAUGCUAACUUUGAAAGUCAAUUUUGAUAAUUGUUCUUCUAAUGAAACUGAAACAUGUGCAGAAAGCAGACCUUGUAAAGUUUCUAUUUUGGAAAAAUCUUGGAUAAAAUUAGCAGAUGGCUCAAAAAAUAGGGUAGUUGUUUCUAAUAACUGUACAGAUCAAAAGUUCUUCGGUGAUGAUGUUGCAGACAUACAGAAUCGGGAUAGCGAUCAUAAAUUUAAAGUAAAAUUGAAACUGAAAAUGACUGAUGAAAAUUCUAAAUCUUCAAAUAAAACUAAAAACCCAACUGAAGCUAUAGCGGCAUUGGGUGAAAUAAUCAAGACAGCCUACGAUGUGGACACAACAACAGACCAUCAAGGAAUAGUAAUGGAAAAAGAACUGCAAAGUAUUGGGGAUGAAAAUGUAAAUGGCAGUAGACCUGACAACUUGGAUAAUAUUUUGAAUUUAAUUGAAUUCAACAAUAACAUAAUUCGUGAGGACAGAGACAAGUAGCAGGACGUAUAGAUAAAGAAGAUAGGAAGGAUUUCGGAUAUUUAAUUUUUGCUGAAUAACAUUUGAAAAAAUAUGUUUAGAGUACCGGCCAAUCUCAGCACCAUAAAGUACAGAAAGAGACCAAUGUAACGUUACAAGAUCUUUGUUUGAAGCUCAUUAUACCGCGGGCUCCUCUUUAUAGGAUAGUGAAGAGACGGGGCCCAUUUUUCAAGCAUUCUUAUAUUACGAUUUAAUUCAAAUGGUGCAGUACUGUGGGCUUACAUCAUUUAUACGUCUAGAUAGACUGUGACAGACGUCUAAAAAAAUUGAGGUUGACCUCUAUUUUGAGUAAUGCUCGCACACUAACACAGUGUGUAAUUGCUUGUUGCAUUAAUUGCUUGUAAGACGUAGCUUGUCACGUUCACUAAAGUAAUAAACCUGGCCUUUUUUAUCUGUUAUCCUCAGCAAGAGGCUCUAUUUAUACGUAUAAAUUAUCUUAAGCUGUGGGUUUCCUAACAUCAAACCGUACUCGUAUACCUUUGUAGUUUGAUGCGAAUGGUCUUCCAUCAUCACAUUGAUUUCAUCAUUACCUUAGUGGCUGGUCUUUCUUGGGGUUCAAUGUUCAAGUCCAAGUUUCCUCUUAGAAAGCAUUAAACCAAAAACGCACAGAGUGUUUAUGAGCCUCUAACCUCUCCAAACACAGCAUUAAUAUUGCGAGCUGUUUCGGCUCUGCAAGUUUCAAGCCAGAAAUCGUAUCGAACAAUUACUCUAAUGUUAAUGUUUUCAUGUUUAGUUAAAGCCGAAUAAUAAAAUAAAUCCGAAUGAGAAUAAUUUUUUAAAUCUAGAAUGUUAUAGUUGUCAUGUGAAAAAGUUAUAUUCUGAAAUCCACAAAGGCGGUUUUAUUUUAAUACAAAAUAGCCAGUACAGCAAUCUCCUUACUAAACUCCUAUUAUUAAUUUCGAUUCACUGAUUGAGUAUUAGAAAAUAAAACGUAUGUAAACAAAAAUAACUUGUUUUUUAUAAUUAGUGUAAAGAACGUUACAUGUGAUGAUGUCAGUUUCCAUACAAAAUCAUAGGAAGGAACUGCAAAUAUUUGGAACCAUACAGAGUAGGGCUUCCAAUCCCGCGACCUGUAUUCAAUCUCGGCAUUUGCGGGCCUACGAAUUUUCAAUCCCGCGGGAUCCCGCAUAUUGAAAAUAUGCACAUUUUAAAACAAUGAAUUUAUCAACUCCACAGUUAUUUACGCACAUAUUACUAUUAAAAUGAGAUCAAUCAAAUUAUAC